AUGCACUCUGCUCAAGACAACCUCCUAUUAAAGCAAAAGGCUAACUCAAGAUUGACAUCGUCAAUCAUCAUUGAUGCUGUAAGGGGGAAUGUGGAGAAAACGUUAAAUGAGAUUAGACAAGACCUCUACAAAGAGUAUGGGUUAAAUCUCACAUAUCGACAAGCUUUGAGGGGAAAAGAUAGAGCAUUGGAGGAAAUACAUGGGCUUCCACAGCAGUCAUACAUGUUGAUUCCAUGGCUUUGUGAGAAAUUGAAGGAGACGGACCCAGACACAGUUGCAAAGUGGGUUGCCUCGAAAAAUUAUAGAUUUGAUAGACUUUUUAUUGCAUAUGGAUGCUGCAUCAAAGGGUUUCUCCAAGGUACUUGUCCAAUUUUGUUUAUCGAUGGAAGUCAUUUAAGCGGUCCAUAUAAGAGGACUUUACUAGCAGCUUCUGCAAUUGAUGCAAAUAAUGCCUUAUUUCCUUUGGCUUAUGCAAUAGUGGGUGGAGAAACAUAUGAUAAUUGGGCUUGGUUUCUUGAAAAUGUGAGAGAGAUCACACACCAAGUUCAAUUAACCAUAAUGUCAGACAGGCAUAAUGCUAUUGUUGGUGCAGUGCGUGCAAUAUUUGAUGGCAAUCGACAUGCUUUUUGUUAUCGUCAUGUCAAAGAAAAUUACAGCUCAAAAUUUACAAAAAUUAAUAGAGGCAUGCGAAGGAUUGAUGGGAUGACUAAAGAAGAUGCACUUAAGUUGUUAGAUAAUAUUGCAUAUGCAAGGUUGGAAACAGAAUUUCAUGUUGUUAUGGGUCAUUUGAUGGUUUUCUCCCCACAGUUGGCAAGAUGGUUAGAAAUAAAUGGGGACAUAAAUCGUUGGGCGUUAGCAAGAUUUCCAUACAAAAGAUGGGACAAUAUAACAUCAAACCAUGCUGAAUCUUUCAAUGCUUGGUUAGUAAAAGAGAGAAAACAUCAUAUAUGUGCAUUGAUAAAUGAGCACCGAGCAAAAUUAGCGAGAAAGCUAUACAAUAGCAAAAUAGAAAUGGCAAAUUGGUCAAACGGAGUUGGACCACGUGUUGAGGCAAAAUUGAGGGAGAAUGUAUUGAGAGCUGAAGUUAUGGUGGCUGAACAUUAUAGUGUGAAUAUGAUACUAGUGAAGGUAGGAAACAAUGACUUGAGAGUGAAUCUAACAUUGUAA